GCGGUUUCAAAUCGCGCUCCAAAAAUUUGACGAAUCCCUGCUCCCUCCCUUUUGCCUCGCUAAUCGUCUCCUCUCUCCUUCCCGGAUCGCCGAUGGCUGUCCCUCGCACCCCCAAGGGCAAUGGCCACCGCGCCGCCGGGAAGACCAAGAAGCCGGACGAGGCUGCUUCCUCUGAUGCUGCCUCCCCACGCAAGCGCACUAAGUCUCCCGGAGUCCGGGUCGUCGGCAAUCGCAUCUACGAUUCUCAGCGAGGGAAGACCUGCCACCAGUGUCGGCAAAAGACGAUGGAUUUCACGGCGGCUUGCAAGCAGAUGAAAGGGGGCAAGAUCUGCACUAUAAAAUUCUGCCACAAGUGUCUUCUUAACAGGUACGGGGAGAAUGCAGAGCAGGUGGCGGUGCUAGAGAACUGGAGUUGUCCAAAAUGCCGUGGCGUUUGCAACUGUAGUUUCUGCAUGAAAAAGAAGGGCCAGCAACCGACUGGGAUUCUCAUCCAUGCAGCUAAAGCAACUGGAUUCACAUCGGUGCACGAAUUGUUGGAUAACAAAGGGUCUGAAGUGGUUAUCGCUGCUGACGGUUUAAGAAGUCUGAGCGCAGGAAAUCCUCCCAGUUUGAAAAGGGGUACAGGAGCUUCGAAAAGAAGCCGCAAUUUGGAGAAAUUCCCUGAUGGUCAGGAUGCCGUGCUUUCGGUUGACAGCAAUGCUGAGAAAGAUGAAUCGCUGCUGAAGAAUGAAAGAACAAAGUCAUCAAAGAAGCUAAAAUUUAUAAGUGAGAAUAGUGUUGGGCUUGCUGAUGACAAUGCAAAACCGAAAAAUGGUAAUAAGGAAGCAAAAGACGUAAAGAAAACCUCUGUCAAUUCAAAAAAUGAUGACAUGCAUUCAGGAAGCAAUUUGCCAAGGCCUCCUAUACAAUCAAAUGGAUGUGAAGGUGGUGUCAUAGCUGAGAAAGAAAAAUUACAAAGCAAACCAACAAGCAAGAAACCGGUCUCUCAGAAACAUGUCACUGGAAAGUCAAAUUUUGCUGAAGCCAAAGUGUUAGUUGACACUCUGAACACAAUUGCUAAUGGCAAAAGUCAUCUGAAAGCAGAUAAGUCCAGGAAAUGUGCCAUCAAAAUAAAUCAGCCAGACCAAGAAAAUGUUGCGCCUGUGGUUCCUCUGGGCACACCAUUACUAGAGGUUGCAGGGUCUGAUUGGACAGCUGAGGAUGUUGGAGCAGCGUUGCAAUUUUUGGAAUUCUGCAAUGCCUUUUCAGAGGUUCUUGAUGUACAUAAAGGAGAACCUGAAUGCGUUCUUAGAGAAUUAGCAAGAGGACGGGUUGGGCGCGGUGGACUUUAUUCUUCAGUUGUAAAAUUUCAUGUCAAAUUGUUAUCGUUUAUCCAAAAGGACAUGGGCGAAGAUUCCAUCUCAUAUUCUGUGAAUAGCGGAGACAAAUGGUUGCAAUCUCUUGUUAAAUACAUAGAUGAGAAUGCUUCUGUUUUAAAGAUGCCUUUGGAUUUCUUGAAGAAGGAUUCAUUGUCAUAUGAUAGCAUGGAUUGUUCAAAUAAGCUCAGACUUUUGAAUCUACUAUGCGAUAUGACUCUAGGAACUGAAGCACUUAGAAACUGGAUUGAUGAAGAAAAUAACAAGUAUAUUGAAAGAAAAAAGGAGGCGAAAGAGAAUAUCAUUGCUGCCAAGAAAAAGGGUAAUGAUCUUAAGAAAAAACUAAAAGAUGAUGUUGCAAAAGCUAUGCUAUCUUUAAGAGACAAACCGCUUUCUGUUGCUGAGCAUGAGAACCUCGUUUCUCACAUAAGAACAAAAACAGAGAGAGCUCAUGCUGAGAUGCUUGAGAUGAUGGAGCUAUUGCCAACUAGUAUGUCCUCAGUUGUUGAUGCCUUGAGUUAUUUUAUAAAUGGUUUUUGAGAGGAUUGCUUAUAU